UUAUUUUUUUUUUCCUUUUAGUUAAGCACAUGGGUACAUCUUGGCAGAAAUUAUCAUAGUGUGGGAUCUCAGAAUCAUGCCUUGCUUAUUUUGCUCCUGGUACAUUAGAGUCCCAGGAACCACACUGUAUUAUUAGCACAGAGGACGUGGAAGAGUAUUAUCAGAAAGCUUUGAAUGAUCUCUUCACAGCUGGAAUAUAAAACUAAAGGGAAACUUCAAAAGCAGAUUUGUCAAGUUGCUCUGGAUCAUUUUGAGAAGCAGUACACAACGGAACUGGGAGAAGCAUGGGCCAGUGUCAGAGAUGUACUCACAUACCCAUUGUGCUGGCAGUACGCCAUUCUGCUUAACAAGUUCAGCCCAUCUGCUGAACUGGAGAACACCUUGCAUGUGAAGGGAUAUCAUCCUGCCUUUCCAGGAAGUUUACCCUAUCUUCCUGCAUCUUUUAAGUGUUACAUCAGGAGAACCCCUGGGAGAUUCCCUGCACAAAAACACCAGGCUGGUAAACUGAAAGAGUAUUACCUGCUGAACGCUGCUUCACUGUUGCCAGUGUUGGCAUUAGAAGUGAAAGAUGGGGAAGACGUUUUGGAUCUCUGUGCUGCACCAGGGGGUAAAUCAGUAGCUACACUGCAGUGUGCCUCUCCAGGUCAGUUUCACUGUAAUGAAUAUGAUGAUUUGAGGUCAAGAUGGUUGAAACAGACAAUAGAAUCCUUCAUCCCGGAUCCUUUGAUUAACUUAAUAAUGGUCUCUAAACUGGAUGGUAGACACAUUGGAGAUCUUAAGCCUGAAUUAUAUGACAAGGUACUGGUUGAUGCUCCUUGUUCAAAUGACAGAAGUUGGCUAUUCUCUUCCGAUAUUCAGCAAGCUACACUUAGGCUAAUACAAAGGAAGGAGUUACCAUAUCUACAAUUCCAGCUGCUAAGGUCUGCUAUUAAAGCAUUGCGUCCUGGUGGAUCGUUGGUCUAUUCUACGUGCACGCUCUCAAAGGCAGAAAACAGCGAUGUAAUAAAUCUCAUUCUAAACUCCUGCAGUAAUGUUAUGCCUGUAGACAUAACUGAAAUGGCCAAAGCUGUUUCUCAGGAAUUCACUUUCCUCAGUGGUAUGCAACAGCAUGAACUUCUGGUUCUCCCAGAGAAAGGGAGAGCAUGGGGUCCAAUGUAUGUAGCUAAAUUAAAGAAAAUAUAGUCCAUCUGAUGCCUGUUAGUAUUUUAUAAAGGAUAUGUGAUAAAUUAAUAUUUAUUUCUAAUAUAGUAUGUGUAUAUGAACAUGUCCAAUGCAACUGAAUCUAGAGCAUUGCAAUUUUGUAUCAACUGCUGCCUAAUAAAAGGAAGAUAGACAAUUUAGCUGAAAAUACUGAAUGUGUCUUCUAAUGUGAGUUGGGGGCCUCUGUGAAGUCAAGGGCUCUUUGUAUUAUUAUCAAAGUAAUGCUCUUAUAUGGGUUUGUAUCCUAGAAUAGAGGCCUAGAAUAGAGGUGGGGUUUUGCACUGUUUUUUGGUUUUGUUUUUUUAAUUACUAAUUCGGUUUAAAUACAUUAUGUUUUCAAAUGAAUGGUUUCAAUGGUCUGAAGUCAUGGAAAUCUUGCAUUCUUUCUCAAACACAUCUAGAAAUCUGUUUUCUUGUAAGAACUGAUUUGUAUGCAGAGUCUGUCAUCUUAAGCUGUGACUAUUCCAAGCAACUGGCAAAACAAGUUUCAUAUUUGCUAAGUUUUUUCCUGGUUAAAAACUGCCUUUUGUUUACAGUCGCAAACGUUAUCGGCUAUAUUGACACCAGCUUUUUCUUUUUUUAUAUUUUUCAUCUUACAAAAAUAUAAAUUGAAGGAGUAAAUUAUGUUGAAAUAUCCUUAAAACUGUAGAUUUAGAUAUGUUUAGCUUUGGUACUCAUUUUGUGGCAUAAUGCGGUAUAUCCAGCAGUCUCCAGAGAACACAUUUGAAAAAGAAGCAUAAUGAUUAAUGACCACAGUAAUAGCACAGUAUUCAAAGAGUUUUGUUACGUAAUUACAGUCAUGACGAGCAAAACAGACAAUCUGGAUAAGUGGCUUAUCCACCGAGUUAAGAAAUGUUGCAUGAAUUCGUGAUGUUGUAUCUGUGGUGUCUAAGGAAAGAGUUCCAGUGAGAACAUGUACUGAUGAUGUUUUCAGGUUCCCUUAAUUCUGCUACACAAUGCUGUGGGUUAAUGUAUAGACAUACGUGCACAUACAUACACGGUCAUGUCUAUGCACAUGCAAACUGUGUCUCCCUAUGUACUGCCUGUGGGCUAGGUGUGGAAACUUCUUUUCCAGCAAUUAUACCUAUGAGUGGAUCAUGUAACGGUGUAUAUGUUAGGUCAAAUCCUUGUCCUGAAGGAGAACAUAGCCCUUUCAUCCCUCUCAAGCAAAGAGAGGUUCUUUCCCUGACUGAAGCUUAUAAUUGUCUUUAAGGAAUGGGGUUUUGAAGAAGAGACUUUUUUUUUUUUUUUCUGGUAGAUAAAUUGCUUGUGUGGAAGUGUGUGUGUGUACAUUUAUAUAUUUCAUAUAUUUUAUGUGUACAUCUCUGUAUAUGUAAUUAUAAGUUUUUUGCAAGCACAAACAUGACAAUACAGAUUUGAUUUUUUUCUGAAGACUGAAGAAUAUCAAUUUGUAAGCACUGGAAAAACUACCAAAUUGAUGAUUCUGCACCUCGUUAACAAAGGCAAGAAUAAAGUUGAUUGCCCGAGGCCUUCUGUAAGGAGCUUCAUGUAACCAUGCUGGAAAUGCACUAGUUGUACAUUAAAUUCUCUGGUGAUUCUGUUGCUGUGAGCUCAGAAAUACAACUGUGACUGAACUGCC